AUGUACAACAUGCAGCUUGUGUCUUGUGUUGCUCUGACUCUCGCACUCCUUGUCAGCAGUGCUCCUACUUCAAGCCCUACAAAGGAAACACAACAGCAGCUGCAGCAAUUACUGCUGGACUUACAGAUGCUUUUGAGAGGCACCACUAAUCACAAGAAUUCUGAACUCUCCAGGAUGCUCACAUUUAAAUUUUACAUGCCCAAGAAGGCCACAGAAUUGACACAUCUUCAGUGCCUGGAAGAAGAACUACAGCCUCUGCAGGAAGUCCUGAGCUUGGCUCAGAGCAAAAGCUUUCACUUGAAAGACACCAGGGAGUUCAUCAGCAACAUCAAAGUAACCAUUCUGAAACUAAAGGGCUCUGAAAACACAUUCAUGUGUGACUAUGAUGAUGAGACAGCGACUGUUGUGGAAUUUCUGAGCAGAUGGAUCACCUUCUGUCAAAGCCUCAUUUCAACAUUGACAUGA